AUGGCCUCUGGCGACACUCUGGCAAAGCGAAAACUGGACAAUUCCGAGCCGCUGGAGCCGUCAAAAAAUCCACGAAUUUCAGAUGUCCCUCCAGGAAUAAUAUCGCCGGAGCCGUCGUCCAGAAACUCCUCCCGGAGCUCCUCGAGAUCCAGCUCCCCGUCUAAACUGAAGAAGUACUUCUGUCACUAUGAGGACUGCGGCAAGGCCUACGCCAAGCCCUCGCUACUAGAACAACACAUCCGCACGCACACCAACGAACGACCGUUUGACUGCUCCUCCUGUGGACAGUCGUUUAUCAGAAAAGACCAUCUACAACGACAUAUGCUCAAGCACACCGACGAGGACGCCAAACCGCUGCACUGCUCGAUUUGCGGCAAGGGCGUGAACACGAACCAGCAUCUGCGGCGGCACGAAAAGACGCAUUACAAGUCGUUCAGGUGCAGUCACGAAAACUGCACCGAGUCGUUCUACAAGCACCAGUCGCUAAAGGCACACAUCAAUUCUGUGCACAACGCUUCGCGGCUGACGUGCGAGGAAUGCGGCAAGAGCUUCAGCCGGCCGGGCCGACUGUCUGACCAUAUGGAGAAACACCACAGCGCCACGCCAAAGCUCAUCUGCGAGUAUCCGGGCUGUUUCAAGGCGUUCAAGGUGUGGUCUGCUUUGCAGCUGCACAUAAAGUCCGAGCAUUCCAAGCUUUCGUGCGACAUCUGCGGAAAGCGCUGUGUGGGGCCGACGGGAUUGGCGAACCACAUGAAGAUCCACGACGAAACCACCGCCGUCAAGAUAUGGAAAUGCUCGCUGUGCGAGGAAAAAUACCAGAAAAAGGAGGAAUUGACACAGCACUACGAAAAAAGCCAUCCGGAGCACCAGAGCAGCGAGGAGCUGCGGUACGCUCCGUCGGCCGACUCGCCGAUCGACGAGGUGCCUGUCUCGAAGCCAACGAGGCAGACGUUCCAGAAACAGCUCAAGAAGGGCAGAAUCGGGUCUGUUUUCAACCUGCUGGUCUCGAACGUCAACGAGCGCACCAUUCUGUGCGAUCUGUGCGGCAGAGGGUUCAAGAAGGACUACGAUUUGCGCAGACAUCUGGAAUGGCACGGGAAAAAGGCGGGUCUACAGUAA